CGCAAUGCAAAAACUCAACAGGUUCAAACUGUGUACAAUACAAUCGAUGAGUCCCAACAUCAACGUACCGCUCUAAGCAACAUAUGUUCAAUGUUGUGAUUUUGUUUAUGUAAAUAAGUAAAUAUUAGUAAGUGAACUUUAUUGAAAGUGUCCUCAUGUGUCCUCUGGCAGGAGCUGAGCUUGUGCGCACACCGGUGCAUUUGUAUCGCUAUCUACUGCGCUGUUGUAAACUCUUGCCAUCAGCUGCAGUGCAAACACAUUAUAAACAUGCCAUCAGACAGAGCUUUAACAGCCAUGCAGAUGAAGAUGAUUCAGAGAGGAUUCAGAUAAUGAUUCAAAGAGCUAUAUCUGAUGCAGACUGGGUAUUAAAUAAAUACGCCAAAAUGAAAUGACCAACAUGAAGAAAAAGACUGAACAUACGAAAGCUUCAGAGCUGAUAGAGGGAGGAUGAUGAUCAAGGGAGAUGUGAUGCCACACUUACAGGUUACAGAUCAAAUCAGCCUAAAAGUAGCCAAUUUUAACAUAUCAAACUUUUAAGAGCUGUUAUAAAAAGUAUACAGAUAUGUGGCCAAUACUACCCAGUGCAAACUAAACUGGCAGUCUAGAAGUGACAGAUGUCACACAAAAAAACUGAAAUGAUUUACUGUAAUGUAGUUCAUAAUAAAGAUAGAAAAGCAAGGUCUAAGUUCAUAAAUUUGUGUUUUAGACACUAGUUAUGUACAUGCAGAUAUCAUGCAUCAAAGUGUGAUAUACAGUAUAUAUAUAUAAUGAUGACAAUAUAAUAUCAAAAUGUAACAUUUUCACAUAAGAGUCAAGUGUGUUGAAAAAAAGGAUUUGUUAAGAUAUUGUAAAUAAUUGCAUUCUCUUUAAAGUGGUCAUUGUCACAGGAAGAAAACCUGUGAAAAGAAUAUGCCUUAAUUUACAUUUUCAACACACAUAACAUUUCUUGUAGAACUGAUAAAUGCAUUAUAGAAAUGAAACUUUGUUAAGUUAUUGUGUCUUAUUAAUCUUGUUUAAUGUUUGUGGUUUAUGGGUAUAGUAAAGGUUUGAAUGUACAAUAAAAACCCUAUCAAACAAUA